CCUUGCAGUAAGUAAGUACCGUCUGUUGUUUUCUAGGUCUGGGCAGCAGCACACUAUGCCACUCCCUGUUGCCCUGCAGUCCCGCUUGGCCAAGAGGGGCAUCCUCAAACAUCUAGAGCCUGAGCCAGAGGAAGAGAUUAUUGCUGAGGACUAUGAUGAUGAUCCUGUUGACUAUGAGGCCACCCGGUUAGAGGGCCUGCCACCCAGCUGGUACAAGGUGUUUGACCCUUCUUGUGGACUCCCUUACUACUGGAAUGUGGAGACAGACCUGGUGUCCUGGCUCUCACCACAUGAUCCCAACUUUGUCGUUACCAAAUCUGCCAAGAAACUCAGGAAUAGUACUGCAGAUGCUGAGGACAAGUUGGACCGGAAUCCUGAGAAGUUGGACAGAAAUCAUGAGAAGUCAGAUCGCAGUCACGAGAAGCCAGACAGGAACCAUGACAAGGCAGACCGAAAUCACGAGAAGUCUGACCGCGAUCGAGAACGGAGCUAUGACAAAGUGGACAGAGAGAGAGAGCGCGACAGGGACCGAGAUCGGGACCGGGGGUAUGACAAGGCCGACAGGGAAGAGGGCAAAGACCGGCGCCACCAUCGUAGAGAGGAGCUGGCCCCUUACCCCAAGAACAAGAAGGCAGGGAGCCGGAAAGAUGAAGAGUUAGACCCCAUGGACCCCAGCUCCUACUCAGAUGCACCGCGGGGCACAUGGUCAACAGGACUCCCCAAGAGGAAUGAGGCCAAGACUGGUGCUGACACGACAGCAGCUGGGCCCCUCUUCCAGCAGCGGCCAUACCCUUCCCCGGGAGCAGUGCUCCGUGCCAAUGCUGAGGCCUCCCGAACCAAACAGCAGGACUGAACCUUUGUUCCCCAUAGCUUAGGCAGUUUGCCUUUCUGUCUGUCUU